ACAACAUCACUGCUAAAAAAUCCAAAUGAAAAACCAGCAAGAAUAAUUACUGAAUACUUGAAACGCUGCAAUCUACAAAUUUGAACUCUAACUUGAAUUUAAAUUCAAACCAAGUUUAUGCAAGACAAUCCAAAUCUACAUUACCAUCAGUCAAACAUGCAAGGUGGCACAUCGGAGUCGCGUCCGCUCUUGGACAGCGAUCCACAGCCAAUAACAAAAAGAAGAAGAAGAAGACAUACUUACCGAUCGAGCGUAACGGUUUUUUUCAAACGCAUGCACAAACGCGAUUCUGUUGUUCAAAAGGCAGCUUUUCACUUUUACAAAUGUUAGCACAUCUGUAAAAAUAUAUUACAUAUGCUGCCCGCCAGUUUCGGGUUUUUUCGACCUUAGCGCCUGUACAAUUGCCAUUAUAUAGAGAUCCGCUCCUUCAUGGCUUUUCCAUGGUUAUAACCUCACAAACUGAAAAAUUCUCACGAAAAACGUCUGAAUAUGAACAGAAAAUGGAAAGAAAAAAAACAGAAGGAACCCAAAAACUCUCCAGUACUUUUCGAAGACGAAGAAAAUGGCACAUCGUCAUCCGACGAAGUAAAAAAAAGCAAAUUAGCAACUCCAAACUCAAGCCAAACGAAAACCUACUCAGGUCAUAGCACACCGAUUCAAAAAAAAGCAGAUACCUCAGAAUUUCCAGAGAUACACUAUAAUGAAAGUCCCAUUGAACCUCUUACGCAACAUCCACCCAGUGAGGUAGGCUGGGAUUAUCAAAGACCAAUAAAUAAAGAUGAAGAAGAGGUCAAUGUCCCAAAUCCAAUGGAGAUAACCAAAACUCCAAAGAGAGGUGUUUUACUUGCCAAAAAGAGGAACUCCAAUUCACCUUUACUCUACAAACCGCUGAAAAAAAAACUUAUUCAAGAAGAGCAACAAGAGAGCAUGGCAGGUUUUGUGAAAGAAUUAAAGGCGAUGGAAAUGAAAGCAAAAGAAAUGAAAGAUAAAAAAGGAGAAAAAUUUGAGACUCAACCAAAGACUGAGGAUAGACCCGUAGAGAGUCAGUUAGUAGUUGAAAUGGAUACACAGCCAUCAGAUGAUUCUGAUAUAAAGCUUCAAAUUUCAUCACCUCAACAAGGUGAAAUCAGUAUGGCUGCGAAAAAUUAUGAUGUCUUACUAGAUGACUCAAUAGAAGACAUAAUGAUUAUGUGUAGUCAGGAAGUAGAAGCAAAGGAAUUUGGUAAUCAGAAGAAUCAACCUGUAACUGAAACAAAAAACCAACCGAAUGCUAAUGUAUCAAAAGAAAAAAUAUCCGUGAAACCAUCUCCAAAUUCAAGUUUAGAAAAAAUGUUUAGUAAUUUAGCCAAGGAAAAUAUUCAACCAUUGAAUAAUACUGAUAAAUUUGUUAGUGAUACUUCUAGUAAGAGUUCAUCUGUAAGUAAGGUAGACUCAGCUUCUCUGGAAAUUCCUGAUGACUCUUUCGAUGAUUUUUUUGGUGAAAUCGAUGACAGAGAUUUUUCUAAAAAUGUUAAUUCAGAUAUCCAGAUUGGUAGCAGUACGAAUAAGUUAAUUAACAAGCCAAGUGCCAAAUCAGUAUCAACAAUAAGUAGCACUGUUACAAGUUCAAAAACAGCAACAAGUCAAAAUAAUACUCUUCAGUCAAAACCUUCAAUCUUUGUACAAACAAAGAAUACUGCUUUGGCAACCUAUAACUGCAUCAGUGACACUCAAGCUUCAAGUGCUUCAGUACAAACCAAAGUCAUAAAUACAAAGGCCAACUUUGGAUAUUUGAAUAAAGAAAGCUAUGCUGUGCGAAACACUAAUAGUUCAGGCUUCUACUCACAAAUGCAAACGAGUCUAACUACUAAUAAUGACGCAAGAUUAUUUAAAUCUAAAAGCUACUCAGACUCAAAUUUUCAACAGAGAAAUUCAGUAACAAAUUUUGUUAACAAUAGUACUUCCAAUCUUGGGAUUUCUGCUGAUCAAUAUAAAGGGCAGAGUAUGACUUCAAUAUAUCAGAAUUCAAAAUCGACUCACUGUACUACUGGAUCAGCAGGAGAAAGCAAAAGUGUACGAAGGAUACAAUCUAGCUCAUCUCUUGGGAACCCUAAUACAUAUGAUAACGUAAGUCAAAGAUCUAGUGUAAAUAGUAGUGGGCGGUCACAGUCCACACCAGCCGAAAUAGAAAGGAAGCGACAAGAAGCGAUAAUGAAGCGUGAGGCUAAAAUGAAAAGCAAAUUGAACAACCCGACCUUGAACAGGCCGCCACAAAGUUCGAUAAAACGAUAGACUUUAUAAAUUCAUUAAAGUAUGUGAUUUUUGUAAGAGAAUGCAUUUAUAAGUUAAUUAUGUGUGUUAAAUUAAAUGUAAUAAUGACGAAAAUUACGAACAAAAUGUUAUAAACCUACUUUAGGUAGGACUUGUAUUAUAUAUUUAUUGUUUUGUAAGUUUAGAAGAAUUUAUAAAUUUCAUAAUAAAAAACAACGGCUGUGCCAUUUGUACAA